AUGAAUCCAUCACAACAACACUUACCAAAACCCUGUCCUAAGCGUCUAUUCUUCUUCACUCCAGUCUUACUCUUUUCUCUCUAUUACAUCCUCACCACUAUACAAACCAUCACCAUCUCUUCUCCCCAAUUUCCUCACCAAUCUCCACCACAGCUUCAAGAACCUUCCAUAUCCCAUCACUCAUCUCUUCCACAACCUUCUAUAUCCCAUCGAUCCUCUCUUCCAGAACCAUCCAUAUCCCAUCAGUCCUCUCCUUCAGAAAACAAAUCAUCAUCAUCUUACUUUCCACUCUGUCCCAAGAACUUCACCAACUACUUGCCCUGCCAUGAUCCAUCAACGGCACGACAAUACAGCAUUGAGAGACACUACCGGAGAGAGAGGCACUGUCCUAACUCAGCACACGAGAAAAUCAGGUGUUUGGUCCCAAAGCCCUCUGGUUACAAAACGCCUUUCCCUUGGCCUGAUAGUAGAAGCUACGCUUGGUUCAGAAACGUUCCGUUCAAGAAGUUGGCUGAGUUUAAAAAGAGUCAGAAUUGGGUUAGGCUUGAAGGAGGAGACCGCUUUGUUUUCCCCGGAGGAGGAACUUCCUUCCCCGGUGGCGUGAAGGACUAUGUUGAUGUGAUCAUGAGUGUUUUGCCUUUGGCUUCUGGGAGUAUCAGGACUGUUCUUGAUGUUGGAUGUGGAGUAGCAAGUUUUGGAGCCUUUUUGCUGAACUAUAACAUCUUGACAAUGUCAAUAGCACCAAGGGACAUACACGAGGCUCAAGUUCAGUUUGCAUUAGAACGUGGACUCCCUGCUAUGCUCGGUGUACUAAGCACUUAUAAACUGCCUUACCCGUCCAAGUCUUUCGACAUGGUCCAUUGUUCAAGAUGCCUUGUCAAUUGGACUGCAUAUGAUGGUCUUUACUUGAUGGAGUUGGAUCGUGUUCUACGUCCUGAUGGAUACUGGGUGUUGUCCGGACCACCUGUGACAUCAACUGUUAAAUCCAAGAACCAGAAGAGAGGUUCCAAAGAUUUGCAGAAAGAGAUGGAGAAACUAAAUGAUGUUUUCACAAGACUUUGUUGGGAGAAGAUUGCUGAAAGAUAUCCAGUUGUCAUCUGGAGAAAGCCUUCUAAUCAUUUUCUAUGUAGACAAAGACUUCAAAAAGCUCUCAAGUUUCCUGGUUUCUGCUCUUGUAGUGACCCUGACGCUGCCUGGUACACAGAGAUGGAGCCGUGCAUCACUCCUCUUCAAGAUGUCAAUGACACACCCAAGACCAUUCUCAGAAAGUGGCCUGAGAGACUAAACCACACGCCUCAGCGAAUCAAAACAGGAUCAAUACAUGGAGUGACCAUUUCAAGCUUCAAAUCUGACACUAACCUGUGGCAGAGAAUAGUUGUGUACUAUGACACUAAGUUAAAGUUUCUGAGGAAUGGUAAAUACAGAAACAUAAUGGAUAUGAACGCUGGUUUAGGCGGUUUUGCAGCAGCAUUAUUCAAAUAUCCGAUGUGGGUUAUGAAUGUGGUUCCAUUUGAUCUCAAACCCAACACACUCGGUGUAGUGUAUGAUCGUGGACUCAUUGGAACGUACAUGAACUGGUGUGAAGCUUUCUCUACAUAUCCUAGAACCUAUGAUCUGAUUCAUGCUAAUGGCGUUUUCAGUUUGUAUUUGGACAAAUGUGACAUUGUUGAUAUACUCUUAGAGAUGCAAAGGAUUCUUAGACCAGAAGGGGCUGUUAUAAUACGUGACCAUUUUGAGAGAGGGCAUGAACCAUGCAAAAUACGAGUCAAUAACUACUUCAACCUACGGUGGGUUGAGUAUAUCAAACCUGCUUUGGAAGAUGAGUACCUCGCCAUGUUAGCGAAAUCACAGUUUGGGAGGCUGAUGCACAUGGGGAAUCACACUUUCCCUGUGAACUUUGUGCACUAUCUUUUGUCCAGGCAACUAGUGACGGAUAAAAAGUUUUGA